AUGCGUCUAGCUCAAGGUGGAAUCUCUUCACCAAACGACAACCCACCGAAUCUCUAUUGCAAUGCGGACGAAUCCCUCCAAGCACGAAUCGAACGCCUCAGCCGCGAGCGCCCCACGAUAUUUACAACCCGCGGGAAGGAGAUAAUUUUCGUCUUCAGCAUCUCCAUGUCCCAGUUCUUGACGGAAUACUUCGUCUCGGGCUUCACCGUUAUCCUCCCCACACUUAUCACCGAACUCAACAUGUCACACGCAGCCAGUGUCUGGCCAGCGACCGUCUUCUCCCUCGUCAUUGCUAGCACCUUGCUCGUCUUUGGCCGUCUGGGCGAUAUGUGGGGGGGAUAUCCUAUCUUCAUAUCGGGUCUUGCCUGGCUUCUUGUCUGGAGUAUAAUAGCCGGGUUCAGCAUCAAUCCACUGAUGCUCGACUUCUGUCGGGCUCUACAAGGGCUAGGAGCUGCGGCAUUCCUACCCACUGGAGUCAUGAUCAUGGGGUCGUUGUACCGUCCUGGGCCACGAAAGAAUAUUGUCUUUGCAGUAUACGGCACUUCAGGGGUGUUUGGGUUUUUCGGUGGCAUUCUCACGGCAGGAGUCGUGGGCCAAUUCAACCGCUGGGGCUUUUACUUCUGGGUCGGAGCCAUCCUAACGGCAAUUACGCUGUUAACCUCAGUUUUGUCUGUUCCACGUCUUCGUUCAAACGACCAAACCCCAAGCAAAGCCAAGAUGGACUACGGCGGUGCCAUCACAAUCAUCUGUGGCCUCAUCCUGGUUGUGUUAAGCAUCUUACAAUCAGCACACGACCCUGCAGGCUACGUUGAAGUGCGCGUCGCUGCUCAGCCUCUCCUACCGGCUUCGAUCUUCACGACUCCUUGUAUGAGCCCUCUUCUUUUGGCUCUCUUCCUGCUUUACGGCACCUGGGGCAUCUUUUCUGUAUAUGGCACCCUCUAUUUCCAGAACAUCAUGUCUGCCAGUCCCUUGCAGGUGGUAGCGUGCUCCAACCUCGAACGGCGGCGUGUCUCCGUCUUCACUGGCGGGGACAUCGGCGGGAACAUCGGCGGGGACGUCGGCGGGGGUGCCGGCGGGAUCACCACCGGCAUCAGCGGCAGGGUCGCCAACAGCAUCGGCGGUAGGUUCACCAACUGGAACCGCAGCAGGGUCACCGGCGGGGGUUUCCACGUCGACAUCAGCGAGUUCUCUCGCGCUAGAUGUCUCGGCACCUUUGAUCUCGAGCCCCAGGGACUCUUCGAGCGGAAAUCCUACAGCGAACCCUACAGCGAACCCUACAGCGAACCCUACAGCGAACCCUACAGCGAACCCUACAGCGAACCCUACAGCGAGUCCUCCAACGGUGUCCUCCUCAUUGUCCACGCGCAGUUCUCCCAGUCUCAGCUUCACAUUUUUGAACACCACAUCUCCGUCUUUCACCAAUACUGUGGGCUUCAGUACGUCUUCCUCGAGAAUUCCCACAACGACGGCGCCUAUGCCAAUGCCCUCCGAUCCUCUUGCUUCCAGUCUUAUCAACUCGCUCAUACCCUCCGAAUCUCGUUCACCCACCUCGGGCGCAACGCUUUCGGGUCUAUCGGGAUUCUCUUCACCAUCCUUCUCCGCGUCAUCUCCUGGUCUAUCGACUGGGGUAGCUCCUUCGUCUGUCGCAACCCCAAGCCUAUCCUCAGCCGGCAUAACUUCUACAUCAUCCGGAAUCUCAGCGUCAGCUUCGCCCACAUUUGCUCCAGCACCGAGACCAGCGAGAAACCGGACACUUGCGACCUUGCCACCCAAUUUGUUCUACUGUCCGGAGAACUACUCAUCCAAGGCUUUCCUGUUCAUUAUUCUCCUGGCGAGACUUUGAAGCCGCUCCUCAGGGGCGGUUCACCACCCCCGGGCGCCAUAACGACCCGUUUCACACGCAUUAACGGGGUCCUUGAGUUCGUCAACGCGUCUCUUCCUGGUGGACAAGCAACGUUUUGUCAAGAUAGCAAUACCAGAGAGGUUUUGCUCAAUUUUGCAUCUUCUCCACAAAACUGUGAGCCGGCCGUUAUCGUGGUCUAUGGGGCCGAGCAAUGCCAGAACAAACAGAUUGUCUCCGCAGUCGUCCCCAGCAUUCGUGGCAGCUCUUCAACUCAACUCGUCAUUGGCCCUUCCUCCAGCCAGUUGGUCACGCCUAUUUCAAGUCUUCAAACAACAUCUAUCAGCCCAGAGCUGUCAUCUCUGUCACAGCCUGUCAUCUCAUCUGGCGUCAGUCAGACAGGCACGGCUCCACUUUCCACUCCCGAGAGCAGUUCGGGAACGCCAACCUCAUCAGCCACUCCGAGCUUCGAAACGCCGUGCGCCCCGCAAGCAUCGACUUUGUUCGUACCCUCGCAAGACAUUGAUAUUGAUAGGACAUCGGCGGACAGACUUAACGCCGUCAACACCGUCUUUCUCAACUAUGUCGAGGUUCCUGGGGAUCGUGUGAUGCAGAUCGAGCUGUCUUUGAACUCUGCAGGGAUUUUACUUGAAAACUCAAACCGCGUCACUUCCGUCGUCUGCAGAAAUAGCACGACCUCAGAGCCCUCGGAACUUACGCUGGAUUUCCUCACUCCCGACGACGCGUCGAGAUUUGCUUUGAUCUUGAGCCAGUCACCCGGCUUGGUUCUCAUCACCCAAAGCAAUACUGGCUGCAACCUCAACACAGCUCGAGGGUUCUGGGAAUUUGAUUCGACAAAGAACUCGCCUGCAACAUCCACAUCUCUCACAGUUCUCGCUAGGGAGCGAAAGAUGGUUGAGGUUGCGAACAGGAUCACGCUUCUCUAUGGCAAGCGGGACGGCAUUAGUGGAAAGAGCUUCACCUCGACGGCCGCUGGGUUCCCCCGUGGAACCAUCUCCUUCGUCAUCCUCGUCUCCUGGACCGUCGUCCCCCUCGCCAACCACUUCGGCGCCAUUAAAUUCACUGACUACAUCAUCGGUUUCAGCUACAUUAUCGGAACAGUCAUCAUCAAUCUCACCGAGCGAGUCUUCGCUCUCACCCUCGCUGACUGA